AAUUUUCAGUGAUUCUACAGGUCUGCUGUAUGUGGGAUAAUAACUGGAUUUAGACUAAAGCUUUUUUAUUUUGCAUUUUUUCCAAUUCCACCUGAUCCUGGAAGUACAUGUUCUUUGUGACCUUUUUGGCAGGAAACACUUCACUGCUGAGGCUUCAAGAGUAAUACAUCUGUACAAUUCUACUCACGAGGGUGUCUCUCUAUCACCUUUCCAUAAUGUCCGAGCAGUUCUUGGGAACCUGGAAACUCAUCUCUAGUGAAAACUUUGAUGAAUAUAUGAAAGAACUAGGAGUUAGCUUUUCCCAAAGGAAGCUGGGAAGCUUAGCCAAGCCUAAGGUGAUCAUUACCAUGGACAAAGAUGUUACCACCAUCAGAACAGAGACCGUCUUUAAAGUGAGUGAGAUCUCCUUCAGACUGGGCCAAGAAUUUGAGGAAACAACAAUGGAUAACAGGCACGCCAAGAGCAUAAUAACGAUGGACAGUGGUACACUGAUUCAAGUGCAGAAAUGGGAUGACAAACAUACUAUUAUGAAAAGAACAUUAGUAGAUGGAAAUAUGGUGUUGGAAUGUACCAUGAAUGAUGUUAUCUGUACCAGAGUCUACUCACGAAUGUGAAGUUAUUCCCCUCCAUUUCAGAGCUCAGGAGAAGAGAAGGCAUGCAUGGGGUGAGACUCAGCAGGAGAAUAAAGAAGAGGCCCAGGGUUUGUUUGUCUUUUUAAUUUACUCUUUAAAUUUUCUUUUUAAAAUCCCAUCUUACCUAAUUUUCACUUUAAUCUCAUGAAACUAUGCAAAUGGAAAUAUAUUUAGGUUGUGCUUACGAUACAGUAAUUUAAAGGUAUGUUUUCAAUUUUGUUGUUUGUUUAUAUCACAACUACUGCUAUUACAUUCAAUGAUACACAGGAAUUACAAUUUCUGA